UAAAUAUUAAACAAGAAAAAAUAUAUAAUUAAAGAAAAUUAUAAAAAAAGAAAAAUAAUUACAAAACGUGAGCUGUAGUUAAAGAAAAAAAUAAUAACGAAUAAAUUAUACAAAAUAUUUAAAGAUUAAUUUCGAACGUGCUACGGUGCAGCAUGUCGACAACUUCGUCCAUUGAAACGCCUACAUCACCAACGGGUCCACUACAACAUCAGCCACUGCAACACAAUACAAAUCGUAGUAGUCAUCAACAUACAGCAUCAUCGCAUCAACACACUACGAGGGCUAUUGUAGUCAGCGCUGGCGCUGGUCCACAUAAUAAUCCCUAUACACAAACUACCACUACUACAGCGGCUGCAAAUAUUAACGCUAACCAACAGCAGCAGCUAAAUAAUAAACGUUCUCAUUCCACUUCCUCGUCAACGAACGGGUCUUCCUGCCAUAACGGCGGCUCCUCGUCCUUUAAUCCCAUGGCCAAUAAUAUGAUUUCGCAUGCCAGUCACAAUCAACAACAACAACAGCAGCAGCAGCAACAUCAUCAGUAUAAUAAUCAAUCUUCUACUCAUUCACUUUUAACACCCUCAUCCUCAAACGCUUCAUCGCCCUCUGCAUCGGCUAGUGCUUCUACAGCUGCUGCUGUGGCCGUUCAUCAGCAGCCACUAUACUCCCACAAUAAUCAUUCAACUAAUUCAUAUUCAGCUCAGCAACAACAUCAUCAUCAGCAUCAUCACAAUAGUUCUUCUACUUCGUCGGCUUCGUCCUCUUCAUUUUCCCAUCAAAAUCAUUCUUCAACACAUUCUCAUACACAAUAUCAACAACAACACCAACUACCACAUCAACAACAACAACAACAUCAUAAUCAUCAUCACAAUCAUUUGCAAUUUGCAAGGCCAUCGACGUCAAUGUCAGCUCCUUGUACAGCCGCCACCUCUUCGUCGCAAAACAGCUCGUGCACACCAUGCAGCAUUAAACGUCAUACUACAGAUGUUUCUGUUUGCUCUUCAUCGUCCUCCUCUUGCUGUUCAUCGGCCUCAUCUAAUUCGGUCUCAGCUGCAGGUGGCGGCCAUAGUGCUGCUGGAGGAAGUGGAGGUGGUGGUGGCAGUGGCUCAGCUGGUGUAGGCCAAGGAAAUGCCAAUAUUGUUACUCCGGCCGUGAUUACGCAAAAAUCGCGUACUAUACCCUCGGACAAGGUAAGAUUUUUAAUUGAUUUUCUUAUUGUCAAUAAAUUUGGUAAGUUGUUUGAAAAAAAUAAUAAAUAUUUUUCUCCAGCAGUAGAUUAGUCCAAUUAAUGAGCAUUAUUUCUGAAGACUUCCGAACUAAUUCUGAUACAGUUUUAUAAGACAGGAAAGUUUCUAAAUUGUAUUUCAUUACUUGGACUUAGACCCUUUGAAAAUAACAUUAUGAAGCAUUAAUAUAAAACGUGUAAUAACAUAAAUCUCAGUUAAAUGAAACUUUCAUUUAAAUUCCCCCCAAAUCACAAAAUCAAAUAUUUUUUUAUUUAAUAUUUCCUAAUUGAAUCUUCUUACCAUACAUCUUCAACCUCCUCCAGGUAGAGAAUAUUUUUUUGUAGCUUUCAAAAUAAAUACACCAGAUUCUUUAUUUUCUCCCUUUUUAAUGUUGGAUUUUCCUGAACACUAUCAUCAAUUAUAUUCACACACACACAUAACCAGACGAAGCCCUGCCUUGCUUGACUGCAUCUAUUAAAGUCAAUAUUAAAACAUUGUUCCAGAUUGCGUUCGGUCUUUCAUUCGCUCAUAUUUUUUUAAAAAUGCCUUCAUCUUUUCGGUUUUGUUGCCUUUAGGCCAUAUUAUUCUUUCUUUAUUUGGUGUGUUCUGGUUAUUGCCUGAUUGAGGUUGAUUUUCUUCCUUUCGUUCCCGCUCCACCAAUUUCCUGCCUUAAAAGACUGAAUUAAGAACAAAAAAAUUUAAAAAAAAAAAAACCUAAAGACUUCAACCGAUUGGCAUACAUUUGCAAGCAAUGCGAAAAAGAAAAAAAACAGAUAUUCUUUGAAUUUAACUACAAAUAUGUUUAUAGCGAUUUUUGUUGUUCUUUCUGAUUCUGAUUCUUGCUAUUGUUGUUCAAUAUUAUUUCUAUCCACCAGUCCAAUGCAUAAAUCAUAUAAAGUAGAAAUACAUACCUUGAAGUGGGCAAAAGUAAGGAGAAAAUAUUGAGUGUAAAAUACAUAAUUUUACUUCGAUGAAGGAACGUAGGUACAUAUUUACCUGUAUACAUACGUACGCAGGAACAUACGUAAGUAUGUAUAUAUGUGCGUUUAAAGGAAAUAUUGUUUCGUAUGAACAUUAAACGUCAUCAUCGUAACCAUUGUCAUGGUAAUAGAGAUAACAAAGUUGCCAAUGGUAG